UUAUUUGAAUAGUUCGCCGGCGGGGGUGCGGAGAAAGGAUUUUUUUUGCCUCUGUUCAUUGAUCCUCCUGAGCGUUCGCUUUCACACCUUGCAUCUCACUGGAUUUCUGCAGAGUGCCGGGUCCAUUGCACUGAGGAAGAUAGGAAGCAGGUGUGCGUCUGUCUCUCUGUCAAUCCCACUCCUUGCUCUGAAAGAUGAAGCUUCUCCUGGCAGCCGCCUUAUUCCUAAUAAUGGAAGUUCUGCUCAUGGACGGGGUUCAGUCGGCCAGGACAAAACAGCUGAAGAUAAGGGACAAAAUGCUUGCAGAUAGAAGGUGCACAACCGGCCCCAUUGAUCUGCUGUUUAUCAUUGACAGCUCCAGGAGUGUCCGACCCUUUGAGUUUGAGUUGAUGAGGAAUUUUGUGAUUGACAUGAUCAACUUCUUGACGGUGGGACCUGACGCCAGCAGGGUGGCACUGAUCCAAUACUCCAGCCAAAUUCAGAACGUUUUCUCCUUCAAGACCUUCCAGAAGAAAGCUGACAUGAUCAAAAGCAUCAAAGAGGUGAUCCCGCUGGCCCAAGGCACGAUGACUGGAUUGGCCAUCCAGUACGCCAUGAAUGUCGCUUUCACAGAGCAGGAAGGUGCUCGGCCCCUGGCAAUGAAGAUCCCAAGAGUUGCCAUCAUUGUAACGGAUGGGAGACCCCAGGACAGGGUCACUGAGGUGGCAGCCCGGGCCCGCGAGGCUGGUAUUGAGAUCUACGCUGUCGGAGUGCAGAGGGCAGAGAUGAGUUCCCUCAGAGCCAUGGCCUCCUUGCCUCUUGAGGAACAUGUCUUCUUGGUCGAGACCUUUGACCUGAUCGAACAGUUUGCCAAGACAUUCCAGGACAAAUUGUGUGCUCAGGACCUGUGUGCUGAUGGGAGACACGGCUGUCAACACAUCUGUGUCUCCAGCCCUGGAUCCUUCUACUGUGCCUGCCGUGAGGGUUACGUGUUGAAUGAAGACAAGAAGACUUGUACAGCCAUCGACCUAUGCUCCCACGGAGACCACGAUUGUGAGCAGAUUUGUAUCAGUUCCCCAGGAUCCUACAGAUGCAGUUGUCGUGAAGGAUUCAGACUGAACCAGGACAAGAGGACUUGCAGUGCCAUUAAUCUCUGUGACCUGGGGGACCACGGCUGUGAGCACAUCUGCGUCAGCACCCCUGGCUCGUUCUACUGCCGCUGUCGAUCUGGCUACACCCUCAACCGGGACGAGAAGACCUGCUCUCCGCUCAACCUCUGUGACCUGGGAGACCACGGCUGUGAGCAUGUCUGUGUCAGCACCCCUGGCUCGUUCUACUGCCGCUGUCGACCUGGGUACACCCUCAACCAGGACAAAAAGACCUGCAGCAUGGUGAAUUACUGUUCGUUUGGAAACCACAGCUGCCAGCAUGAAUGUGUGAAUGUCCUCAAUGGAUACUACUGCACAUGUCGGGAUGGGUUUGAACUGCAGAGUGAUGGCAAAACCUGUAAGGCUGUUAACAUGUGCAACACCGUGGAACAUGGCUGUGAAUUUGAGUGCGUCAGCACACCUGGAUCGUACUUCUGCAUCUGUCCCCCAGGGAGACAACUCAACGAGGAUGGGAAGACCUGCAACAAAUGCAGCCGUGCCAACAUCGACCUGGUCUUUGUCAUUGACGGAUCCAAGAGUGUCCGGCCUGAGAACUUUGAGCUGGUGAAGAAGUUUGUCAACAACAUUGUGGAUGCGCUGGACGUCUCUGUCCAGGGCACCCGGGUGGGUUUGGUGCAGUACUCCAGCAAUGUCCGGACAGAGUUCCCCCUGGGCAAGCACACCACCACCGCAGCGCUGAAGGCAGCGGUGAACGGGGUGCAGUACAUGGAGAAAGGAACCAUGACCGGUCUGGCUCUCAAACACAUGGUGGAGAACAGCUUCACGGCCGCAGGAGGAGCCAGGCCAGAGGCAGCAAACUACCCGAGGGUGGGUGUCGUGUUCACCGACGGGCGCUCCCAGGACAGCAUCUCAGAGUGGUCCAAGAAAGCCAAAGACGCAGGCAUCACCAUGUACGCGGUUGGCAUUGGGAAAGCAGUGGAAGAUGAACUGCGGGAAAUUGCCUCAGACCCAGUGGAUCAACAUUUCUUCUACGCAUCAGACUUCAGCGCCAUCGAUCAAAUCGCUGAAAACCUGAAGCUCAACAUCUGUGAGGAGGAAGUUACUGGACAGGAAUCGAUUAAAGACCCAUGUGCGUGUGAAACUCUUGUAGCAUUCCAACAGGACACACUCUCGGCAUUAGAAGGAUUCUCUCAAAGACAUAUCCUUCACUAUUGCAGGCACACAGGGGAGAACAUCAGACCAACCAGGGGUUUACAGAUAAUCAGUACAGUGAAUGUAGACAAGAAAUUGAGCAAUAAGUUACCCAGAUAAUAAAAUGUGGGGCUUUUUGUGUCUCAUUAAGAUCCCUUGAUACCAGACACAAGCAAGACUGAAAUUGUAGGUAAGAUAUAAACUAAAAGAAAUUCUGAUCGACCAUUGACACAUAUGGGUUUUAAACAGCUGUAGAUUGGAAGCAGAGGCGUGGAUCCCAUAAGAUGGACUCCCAGUGUAUGACAGAAUUAAACCACGAGACAGACCUGUGUUUCAGCAUAACCAGGGUACAAGAGGGAGGAAGUCUGUACAGGCUGAUGAAGAUUCAGAUGAACAAAAAGCAGGAAACUGC